UUCAUUUUCAAACGGUUUCGAGUCAAUCUCACGGACGGUCGUUCUUGGUGAAACUAUAUAGCAAGGCAGGAAAGCUGGCAUGACUAGUACUUAAGUAUCUCUCCUGCGGGACGUUGAACACGCUGACGGACUGACCAAACUCAGUUAGCAAGUGGCAGUGGCUGAAAGAAGACGAGUAAGCUUCGGUGGUGAAUAGAAAACGAGCCAACGGCUCGAACAAGUGAAAUUUCCGACCAUUCCAGAAAAUGUAUUUUAUGCAAAACGUAUAAUAAAACAUAAAAUAGCAGACCAAUUAUUCAUGGUGGAUUACACAGAAAUACUCGGUGAAUCAGAAGACAAAUAAAAAGUGUGAAACAUGAAAACAAUCGCAGCUUUAAUGGUUGCGGUAGCGCUUCUUGGAUUACACGCGGCAGCUGACACAGAUGAAGACCUCGACGACACCGUGAUUGUUGAAGCUAGUGAACUGAAACCGCGGCAACCCCGACAUAUAUGGCUAAGUACACGUGCGACUUCAUGGACUCAGGCACUCGGUGAUGGGAGUCCUUGCUUAACCUCGAAGGGUCAUCUCGGAUCCUGUACAUCGUUCAGAAAGUGUUAUCCCUACUUUAAAGUUCCCGAUCUAAGCGUUUGGGAAUCGUGGGUACUCGGGAACUACGACACCUGCAGUUACUUCAACGAUGAAGGAAGGCAGGCAUUCGGGGUAUGCUGUACGAAUCCCAUUACACCUCUACCACCGACGGAAACGAGUACAGAAAAAAGUCCCCAAGUUAUGACCAGCGGAAAUGAGGUGCCAAGUGGGUCUGAAAAACAGCCACCGAAAAACAACAACUAUCCCAGCUGGCCACCACCUAUUCCGACUCAUCCACCAGAUCAUACAGCGGCCACCCACCCUCCGUCGUUUACCAUGGGUUCGACAUCCGUCACACAAUCGACGUUACGGCCGCCCACUACUUGGCCAACGAAACCAGCAGGACCAACACAUCCACCACAAUCCUGGCCAACUAGUCAGCCUGCACCUUCCGUUGAACACACAACCGUUGCCUCUGUCGGACAUUUCGGAGGUUGUGGAAUGAAGAACGGAAACCCGGACUCAGAACGAAUUGUCGGUGGACACAACGCGGAUCCGAAUGAGUGGCCUUGGAUCGUCGCUUUGUUCAACAAUGGGCGGCAGUUUUGUGGAGGAUCUCUUAUCGAUGACAUCCAUAUUCUAACCGCUGCCCACUGUGUGGCUCACAUGAGCUCAUGGGAUGUAGCGCGGCUCUCGGCGAAACUUGGCGACCAUAACAUACGAACCAAUACUGAAGUACAGCACGUCGAACGAAGGAUAAAACGACUAGUUCGGCAUCGUGGUUUUGAUUCGCGAACUUUGUAUAACGACGUUGCAGUGCUAACAAUGGAUAAACCGGUUCCGUUUUCGAAGUCCGUCAGGCCUGUUUGUUUGCCAGAAGGAAGUUCAAGAACCCCCGCCGGUAUGACAGCAACAGUUAUCGGUUGGGGAAGUUUGCGAGAAAAUGGACCUCAACCAUCCAUACUCCAAGAGGUGAAUCUUCCGAUUUGGUCUAAUAAUGAUUGCUCUAGUAAGUACGGCGCCGCCGCACCCGGAGGCAUUAUAGAGUCUAUGCUGUGUGCAGGACAAGCGGCAAAGGAUUCUUGUAGCGGAGACUCUGGGGGACCUUUGAUGGUCAACAACGGCCGUUGGACGCAAGUUGGUAUUGUUUCUUGGGGUAUCGGAUGUGGAAAAGGACAGUACCCGGGCGUUUACAGCCGAGUAACUUCAUUCAUGCCAUGGAUUACGAAGAAUACACAGGAUAAUUAGCAUUGCUGCGAAUUGUUGCCAUUUUAGGCUAAACUUCAUUGUUUGGAAAUUAGUCCUACAGUAACAGAUAUCUGUAGAAAACAGAUAGUGAUGAAUCUCAUUAAUAAUUUGAAAAUACCAUACAGAAUAUUUGAAAGAAAUGCUCCUGCUUCUGUUAAUUUAACCUUUUCAAAUCCAUGGAUAUUCGGAUAUAAAUGAGAGCUCUAAAAUUGUAAUAAAUCGAUUUAGUAAAAUA